GGCCAGGCCGGGAAUCGGCGGCCUUUACUGCGGUCGUGGGACACGUCGAGCGGUGCAGUAGUGGCAGGGGCUUGGGAGAAGUCCAGACCGGCUUAGGGGUCCAGUUCUGAGAGGAAGACUCAGGCGGCGGGGCUUCCCCUGGGAAGACUUUUCUGCUGAAUCUCAUCUUUUUCUGGAAAACUGGAUCCUUCCGACCAUAUAGGGAUGAACCAUAUGGGGGUGCACCAUAUGAGGAUGAACCAUAUGGGGAUGAACCACACGGACGACAACAUUACCAUGCCACCUCACCAUCACCCGACCACCACAGCUUCACACUCCCACGGUGGAGGGGACAACAUGAUGAUGAUGAUGCCUAUGACCUUCAACUUUGACUUUAAGAAUGUGAACCUAUUGUUUUCGGGUUUGGUAAUCAACACACCUGGAGAAAUGGCUGGAGCUUUCGUGGCAGUGUUUUUACUAGCAAUGUUUUAUGAAGGACUCAAGAUAGCCCGAGAGGGUCUGCUUCGAAAGUCUCAAGUCAGCAUUCGCUACAAUUCCAUGCCUGUCCCAGGACCAAAUGGAACCAUCCUUAUGGAAACGCACAAAACUGUUGGGCAGCAGAUGCUGAGCUUCCCCCACCUCCUGCAGACUGUGCUGCACAUCAUCCAGGUAGUCAUCAGCUACUUCCUCAUGCUCAUCUUCAUGACCUACAAUGGGUACCUAUGCAUUGCAGUAGCAGCAGGGGCUGGGACAGGAUACUUCCUCUUCAGCUGGAAGAAGGCAGUGGUGGUGGACAUCACAGAGCACUGCCAUUGACAUCAGAUUCCACAUAAUGGCCUUAUUAAUUGCUGUGGGAAGCAUCUUGGGACUGGAAGAUAUGAUUCCUUUUCCAAUCAUCCCUUCUCUCUUCUGUCUCUUCAUAUACACACACCUACUGAAUAGAAGCCUAGCUGACAGUCUCUGAGUAGUGGUUUUUCUAAUAAGAUGAGAUUGACUUUUCUCUUGAGAAGUCACCUGUGAGAUGUCUUCUCCCUCAUCAUCCUGAGCCUUAUCUAAUCCAGGUAGCUUCCUAGUUAAUGACUUGGUUAUCUGCUUCUUUUUACUUUUCUGGUUUUUUUUUUUUGGGGGGGGGUACAUUUUGUUUUAAACAGAUAAUAUGUGUAUUUGGUAGGUGGGGUUCUGGGUCAGUGAUGGAAAAGGAUUGUAACUUAAACAGGAUUGAUGGCAUUUAGGGACAUCUCAUCCAACCGGGACUUAAAUUCCACACUAGGAAAUAAGCUCCGGUCUUAACUCAGUGAGUGGGAAACACAUGUGCCUCUCUCCAGGCAUGAUGUGUUACACUGAAACCGUGUAGUGUGGAGAGUGGGGAGUCUGUGAGUCUGUAUUCUCGCUCAGUCAUCAACUUGUGUUCCUACUUAACAUUUGAUUAGAAUGAACUUGCCAAUCAAAACAAAAACAGGACAAUCAAUUUAAGACAACAGAAAUAGAUUGUUAAAUAAAACCAUUAGUAUUUUACUUUGACUCAGUACCUUGGUUUGUCCCAACUGAACAAGAUUUUGUAUUGUUUUUGUAUGUGUUCCUCAAAACCAAUGAUUUUAAAAUUUCACAGUGCUUCAGAAUCACCCAGAGGGCUUGCUAAGACACUACUUGGUGGACCUCAACCCCAGAGCCACCAAAUUUGGCAUUUCUAAGUUCCUAGGUGAUGUUUCUACUGACAGUCCAGAGGAUUACCUUAAGAGUCUCUGCAUUAAACUAGCAAAGUUGCACCUAGAAGGGACAGAGGGUGGGGCUGCCUGGUAUCAGGCAUGAACAUCUGAAUUGCUAGUUAGUAGGUGGUAUGCCUUGGGCACAUGUCACAUCUAAAUGCUGCUGGUCAACACUUAAUCAUUCCACAAACAUUUAUUCACCUCCAAAUAUGCUUUAUGUGUACCCACAUACAAUGUGUGGGAUUACAGCCAAAGUACACUCUCAGCAUAUAUGAAGUCGCUAGUCCUGACUUUUAAAGAUCUAAGGUUCCUUGGAAGUUAUUUGAAGGCCACGAGACCUUUGAUCUGCUGUGUGAGUCAGCCAGGCAAAAGGCCAGAAAGGCAAAAACCAAGCUUUCUUGUUUGGAGAGACAUGCUGAUAGCCAGAUUGUCCUCAGUGUACACUACGUAGGUCCCAUCCACUACUUAACCAUCUUUAUUAUUUAUGGGAUUUACUUAUUUAGAUCACGGUAGCCAAAACUGCUUUUCUCAACAAAGAAUCUCAUUGGGUGUUCUGUCAAUCAUUAAUCAAAAUGCAGGCUUGUUCCCAAACUACCUCUUUAAAGUGAUUCUUCCUUUGCUGGUCUGUUAAAUCCUGCCCUCUUUGGUGCUAGAUCCAGUUGUGCCUCAGAGCAGAAGAAACAAACCUGCUGUCUUGUUGGUCCAGUAUUGUUGUUCUGAAGUUUGUACUUUCUCUGUGCGUGCCAAUUAAAUAUUGGAGAACCAGGAAUGUGUACUUUGGUGGCUUUGAACCAAGCCUACUAAAUGGAAGCCAAAAAUCUUAGAAAUCAUCUUUAGAGCUUUGCUUUUCUUCUAGUUCAUCUUGCUGUGCUAGUUUUUAGCAUGGCAUGUGAAUGACAGGUACUGACAGAGCCCAACAUUAAGGUGCAAAUAGCCUGCUGUCAUCUCAGAAGCCAAGGAAUAAUAACCCAGGGGAAUACAAAAACCACACUUAGUGCUGACCCUGGUGCUCUCUAGAACUCUCCAGGUGAGCUGCUAUAAAACACCUUCCAGGGGCUGAGAUGCAGCUCCAUGUGGAUCACUUACCUAGCAUAUGUCAGGCCCUGUGUUUAAGCCCUAACACCCUAAAAAUAAAGCAUUAAGCACCUUAUCGUUGAGGUGAGAGGAACAAGGCCUGUGAGGACAAGGUGCUGUGAAUCUGAAACCAAGAGAAACCUCACUUUAAUGUGGUUCUUCAGGGUAGCCUCAGAUUAGAAAUAGUCUACUGCAAGUCCUAAACUUGAGAUCCCUCAACGAGGUUGCUAGAGAAUGUGGUUAGUGUAGAACAUAGGUUAGCUUAAGUCCUAUCCUCUUGAACUUUAAUGCCCAGCCUUUGUGUUUGUUUUAUCUUAAUGUCUCCUUCUGUGGGAAGGCUAGAGCUGAGUUUCUUUAGCCCCUGCCCUACGUUUUCCUUUGUCUUUUAUCCCAGGUAGCUUAGUGUUUAACAUCUCUCUCACCUUCCUGAUGCAGUAGGCAUUGCUAUUGCUGUGGUUAUAAUUACGUAAUUAGAAUUUUGUAUUUACAAAGCAGGUAGAAGUCUUAAGUUUGUUUCAAGAAGCAGUUGCACCACUGGAAUUUCUAUAAAGCUGGGUAAAGGAUUAAUGUCCUCAGAGUUACAGAUCCUAGGUACUAACUGCAGUCCAAGAUGAAAGAAUACUCAACACCCCAUUGCCCACAUGUGGAACCUCCUCAGCAUCCAUCAAAAAGUUCAACUACUCCUAUGGUAGGGUUGUCCCAGACUCCCUUUCAGGCCAUGGGCUUGGGUUUGUACAUCAUGUCAUUUAAUCUUGAGCCUGCUGUUUCCAGCCACUUCAGAAGAUGCCUCCAAACGAAAGGUCUGCGUUUGAUGCAAUGCCUUAAUUCCUGGGUCUACAUUCAUGUUGACUGUUUCAGAGACUGUAAGCUCUCAAAGAGCAGGAAUGCUGUAAUGGGAAUGUUUUAAGUAUUGUGUGCAAGAAAACAAAAUAAAUAUUUUGAUUUUUGUGA